ACCAAGCAACCGAUGACUAAGACUGAAAGUCCUCCCGCACAAGUCCAUCGUCUCAUCUUGAUCUUAUCCUUUUCCUUCAUCAGUAUGGUGGGUGCAGAGGUGAGCUUGGCUGCAAAGCAGAAAUGGAGGAGAAGCCCGUCCACUUGCUCGUGUUCCCGUACCCAGCCCACGGCCACAGUCGGGCGCUGCUCGACCUCGCCCACCACCUGGCCCUCCGACCGGGCCUCACCCUCACCAUCAUCACCACCCCAAAAAACCUCCCGGACCUCUCCCUGCUCCUCUCCGCCCACCCCUCCACCGUCCGCCCCCUCGUCCUCUCCUUCCCACCUCACCCCGCCCUACCUCCCGGCGUCGAGAACGUCCGCGACCUCGGCAACCGCGGCAACCUCCCCAUCAUGUCCGCCCUCCAAUCCCUCCGCGGUCCCAUCUCUGAUUGGUUCCACUCCCACCCAGAUCCCCCCGCCGCCAUCAUCUCCGACUUCUUCCUCGGCUGGACCCACCACCUCGCGGUCGACCUCGGCAUCCCCCGCUUCGCUUUCUACUCCGUCGGCGCCAUCCUCGCCGCCGUCAGCGACCACUGCUGGCUGAAUAUAGCUAGCGUGCUGAAGCUGGAGGAGGUGGCGUUCCCGGACCUGCCGAAUACGCCGUCGUUUAGGGAGGAGCACCUGCCCUCCGUGGUCCGCCUCUACCGAGAAUCCGAUCCCGAUUGGGAGAACGUCAAGGAUGCCAUGAUGGCAAAUACUUCGUCUUACGGGCGCAUUUUCAAUUCCUUCGAAGCCCUCGAGGGCCCGUACUUGGCCCACCUCAAGAGGAAAAUGGGCCACGACAGAGUCUACGGUGUGGGCCCGCUCAGCUUGGUGGGCCUGAACAAUGCACCGGCUCGAGCCGACCCGGACGAUGUCGUGCUACGGUGGCUCGACGGGUGCCCGGAUCAGUCCGUGCUCUACGUUUGCUUCGGGAGCCAGAAGGUCAUGAGAAGGGAUCAGGUGGAGGCUCUAGCUUGCGGGCUUGAGAACUCUGGGGCCCGUUUUGUAUGGGUUGUGAAUAUGGGCUCGGCCCAAAAGGUGGACGACGGGCUUGGCCCUCUAAUGGAUGAGUUCGAGACACGGGUGGUCGGUCGAGGCAAGAUUGUACGAGGAUGGGCCUCCCAAGUGGCGAUACUCGGCCACCGCGCCGUGCUUGGGUUCCUGACUCACUGUGGAUGGAACUCAGUCAUAGAGGCUAUAGUGGCGGGGGUGAUCCUGCUGUCCUGGCCGAUGGAGGCGGACCAGUACUUGAACGCGAGACUUCUGGUAGAGGACAUGGGGGUGGCCUUUCGAGUUUGCGAGGGCGCGGAUACGGUGCCUGACCCGGAGAAGGUGAGUCAAGCAAUCGCGGGAUUAAUGAGAGAGGACACCAGAGAGAGGGCUAGAGCAAAGGAGUUGACUGACAAGGCAUUGGCAGCUCUGAAGCCGGAGGGCAGCUCCUCUAGGGACUUGGAUGCCUUGGUGAAAGAAGUGUUCGUACUUGGUCAAGUGAAAAAAAUGACCAAGGCGUAAGCUUUACUACGUUACCAUCUAAGCAAAUGGGAGGUCCGAAGCUCGGAAUCUCAUCCUAUCUCAGGCAAAUGAGCAUCUGUACUGUUUACCGACAAAAUGAGCAUUUAUAUUGUAUAAAUAAAUUAAUAUAAACAUGAGUGUUUUCACGCCUCGGCGGAAAUUUAAGCCUCAAUAUAUAUAUAUA